AUGGACUCGUUCGAUAAUGUCGUUAGGAAACGGUUCAGCAGCCUCUUUGGCAAAUCCUCCUGGUUGCGCAAGCGGCUGGCGAAGCCGCGUGCCAGGAAAUGGCUCCGCGGCUUGAAGAAGCGAAGCGGCAACUCUCUCGAAAAGCUCUCCGGCCCCUUCCGGGCCUUCGGUACCGCCUUCGUAGGACUCGGCACCUCCUUCAAACAGCUUCGUGGAAAGCUGGCCUCGCCCUUCAAGAAGCUCCCCGGCAUCCUGCAGUCAGUAAUCAUCAGUAAUUUCGAGACCCGCGCCCCUUCAACCAAGGCAGGGACCUAUCGGAAGAAUGAAACUCUCGAUCGUGCACAGCUAACCACUUGGUUCACAGCAGGAAUGGAAACGGCAUUUUGCAGUGGUUUCAAGCUCUAG